CCUCACUCUCACUCCGCAGCUAUCCAAGCCGCUACCCACCGCCUCUCCUCGCAACCCCGCCGCCCAUCGCCUUUCUUGGCAAUCCGCUGCCUUCCGCCUCUGCUCGCAGCCUCCGCCGCCCUCCGUCUCCUUUCUUCCCUUUUCGUUUUAAGAAUUGUCAGUUUUUGAGGAGCGAACCGAGUGGUCUCUCUACAUUGCCAGAUAGUGAAAUGUGUGACGGAAAACUCCUUAGCAUGAAAAUGUUACAGAGUCAUACUCAGCAGAAACUGAAUGAUGAUAUACAGAAGCUGGCAUUAAAAGUCAAGCAUCACGAAGACAACAUGAAGUUUCUCAAGACACAGAUAAACAAAGUUGAUGAUUCCAUCCUUGAUAUGCAAGUUGAUCUUGGAAAACAUCAUGCAUCAAGAGAAGCAGAGGAGAAACGCAACAAUGUUUCUAUUGUAAAUACUGAGAAACAGACAACUGAACAGAUUCUACUGUUGGAGAAUACAGCAGCUGGUGUAAUUUGCCAGCUUAAAGUUCAUCAUGGCUCUCAAGCAUCUAAGUUACCAGUGACCAAGGAUGUCCUCGGUGUUGUAUCCACACUUGGAAAAGCAAAUGAUGACAACUUUAGCAGGCUUCUCUCAGAAUUCUUGGGAUUAGAAACUAUGCUGGCUAUUGUUUGCAAGACAUAUGAAGGUGUUAAAGCCCUUGAGAGGUAUGACAAAGAGGGAAUGAUUGACAAGAGUUCUGGUCUUCAUGGACUUGGACUAUCUAUUGGCAGGCUUGUGGAUGGGAGAUUUCGUGUGAUUUGUCUUGAGCAUUUAAGACCAUAUAUCGGUGAACUAUUACCAGAAGAUCCAGAAAAGAGACUAGCUCUACUGAAGCCCAGGUUAUCGAAUGGGAACUGCCCACCUGGAUUUUGUGGCUUUGCUGUAAAUAUGAUCAGUAUUGACUCUAUGUACUUAUCUUGUCUCACGAGCAGUGGCCAUGGCCUUAGAGAAACCUUGUUUUAUAGCUUGUUUUCUCGUGUGCAAGUAUAUGAAACAAGAGGCCAGAUGCUAGAUGCUUUGCCUUGUAUAAAUGAUGGAGCUAUCUCCUUAGAUGGGGGCAUUAUGAGAAGUAAUGGUUUGUUCUUGCUUGGCGGCAGGAAUGAAGUGAAGGUCAGAUUUCCAGUCAGUUCUAGACAUUCUAGUCCACCAGAGAAAGAAAGUGAGAUUGAGGAGCAAAUCAGGCUUUUGAACUGGAAGAAGGAACGAAUUGUUGAAGAUAUGCAUCGAGAGGAAGCAUUGUUGAACCAGGUGAAAGAGUCAUAUAUUGGGAAAAAGGAUGAGCUACUGGAGUUACUAAAGUACGUCAAUACGAACUCUAUCUGAUCCAGGUAAACCCAAAAUGAAUAUUUGCUCAUUUGAAUCCACCAGAGCCAGAACCAGAUCAACCAAUUCCUAUCGGAAACAUGUCUCAUGUAAUAUGAAAGUUUUUUAAUGAAUGUAGAUGCUUUCCUCCUACAUUGCUAACUAUACAAUAACCCAGAAAAAAUCGAAAACUAAUAUGGAAACUGUUGUGAGAGUGAACGGUGCUGUAUCGAGGUCCUAGACCGUUGUGAUUUUCAUGAAUAUGAUUCCAUACAUUGACAAAUAGGUGCUCUUAUGUGCUUAUUGGUAGCAUGUUUGUAAGAAUUAUUCUUUGCUAUUUGUUGACACCAAGUCAGUUAUUGCUUAUUCA